ACGGGUACACAAGAAGGAAUACAGACCGGAAAGAUGAUAGGAGCGAGUGCGACAAGUGCCCUUUUGUGGGGCACAGGUUGGUGUCAAACACGCGUCAACAACAUCUACUCCUUUAGCAGCAACUAUCAUGUCCAAGGCAAGCCAACCAGAGCUGAAAAAGUUUAUGGACAAAAAAUUGUUCGUGCAUCUCCAAGGCGGCCGUAAUGUUAGCGGAACGUUACGAGGAUACGAUCUUUUCUUGAACCUGGUCAUCGACGAUGCGUUGGAGGAAUCGAAUCCUGGUCAAAAGCACCCCAUUGGCACUGUUGUCAUCCGUGGAAACAGUGUCACAUCGAUGGAAAUUUUGGAGAUGAUAAGGUAGCAGCAGAAGAGGCGUCUGCGAUAGUUUGAAAGGGAGAGAAUACGG